AUGAUGGAAUGGUUUGUUCAAGCAGUUAAGAUUGAGACGUCCAUCUGCAGUGCUGUGCAAAUUUCCAGCCGACACAUUUUGACAGCCGCUCACUGUGUUGUCAAAAACGUGGAACCACUCGACCAAUAUUUCUCGUGUAGUAUUCUGAGCCAGGAAAAUAGGUUUUCGGGGCAGUCGACCAAAUAUCCUUACACCAGAAUUUCUCCGGAGGACUUAACUGUCUACGUUAACAGCCCGUGCGAAGAUCCUGCGCGCUGUGAAAACAACCAGGCUGAAUUCAAAAUCACUAAACCGCCUCUUAUCCAUGAGGAAUACGAUCUUUGCAAGGAUGAGAACGAUGUGGCAAUUAUUGAACUCGACAGAGAUAUUCCAUCUGAAGUGGGCACUCCGAUUUGUAUGGUAAAAGAGGGCGAACGCUUUUCCUCAAAGCUUACUGCUGCUGGAUAUGGGGAUGAUCCUUCUCACCCUACGCCGCACGGGGCUGUUUUCAAUCGGCUGCAGAAGAUCGAUAUAGAUUCCAAGAACGUGGAAGAAACAGCAAACUGUAAGAUCGAAGCAUUCCUUGCCAACAAGUCUGUUUGCCAGGGUGAUAGCGGUGGACCCUUGUUUCAUUUGAAUGGAAGAAGAAAAUUUCGCUCUCCUUGGAAUAGGAAGCACUAUAGUUCCUGA